ACUUAAAGCAUGGCGUUCUCUUAUUGUAAAGUAUUUGGCAAGGAUAAAGUAAUCUUUGCCACCAAAGAAGAUCACUCGACGCCUAGUACUAUCGAACUGCCAGCACCAGAACCUCCGCAGGGUCUCAUCACAAAAGAUGGAAAUAUUAACUGGAGCUGCCCAUGUCUGGGUGGCAUGGCUACUGGACCAUGCGGCGUAGAUUUUCGAGAUGCGUUCUCGUGUUUUCAUUAUAGCGAGGCGGAACCGAAGGGUUCCGAUUGCUACGAAGCAUUCCGUAAGAUGCAGGACUGCUUUCAGCAAUACCCUACUGUCUAUAACAAGUCAAAUGGCGGCGAUGAUGAUGAUGAUGCCCUUGGUGAUGUUAUGAAUUCGGACAGCAACACCAAUAUCAAAGACGUUGAUGAACUUACUGGAGGUGCUGGAGCCGCUGCAGCUGCAGCAGCAACUGAUACACACAUAACAACCACAAAUGCCGUGUCCAAAGUGGAAUAAAAUAAAUCAUCAAAAUAGUUAAACCUCAUAUUUAUAUAUAUUUU